AUGCGCUAUAAGGUGCUCUCAAUCAUCCGAGAGCAACGCUACUGUAAGUACCUCCCGGUUUUGGAGUCGACCCUUUGCCUCUGUAAUCCACAGAAGUUCUCAUCAACUCGAGCGCUGAUUAGCUCUAACUUGGUCUUCACCAAUGCGAUUUCGCCACCAUUGUACAGUGUGCCUCGUUCACGGAUUUAUCUUGCGUAUGCUCAAACAACGUGUACGCGGACGCCGUCUCAGCGUGCGUUCAGCAAGGUACGUGCACGCCUCGCUCAAGAGUUCGGCCACUGUAGCGAACGCUGAUGCUGCGAGAAUUUUCGCAUCCACUAUCACACAGCAUGUCCCGAUCAAUCCGAGGAUAUCGCCAAGUUUGGAUGUGAUACUUGCAAGAACUCACUCGAUCGUGAGUUGCGAUGCGUCCUCUUUGCCCGUACCGGCGGUUGUACUACGUCGAAUAGCGGCUCAUAGACUGACGGCCCACACGUUUUUUUGUCGCAGAUUGCAAGGCGCGCGCCAAUCAGACCGUCACACCUCCAGCAACUGAGCCGACGCCUACUGAAUCCCAAACCAGUACCCCGGAUAUGCAAGCUGCAGCUAAACUUGACGACCCCGCCGCCGCCAAACCCGCCGCCGCCGAAACCGCCGCCGCCGAACCCGCCGUCGCAAAACCCGCCGUCGCCGAACCCGCUGCCGCCAAACCCCCGGCCGCCGAACCCCUAGCCGCCGAAACCCCAGCCGCCGAACCCCCCGCCGCCGGCCUUCCACUCGUCAAGCACCUGACCAAAACCACAUACCGUCGCCCCAAGCCCAUAACCAAAUCACCCAAGCCCUGUCCUUGUCAUGGAAAGAAGGGUCCGAAACAUGCAGUGAUCAUCCCUGGGUGUGCGGAAACGACCAAGUUUACCAAGAACCAUCAUCGUUAUCGCGGACGAAAGCACAGGCGCCCUCGACCCCAGGCAUGCACUUGCUAG